AUGAGUGAGCGUUAUCAACGUUGGUUGCAAAUUUUCAAACAGCUAAAUGAACAUUCACCAACCAAAGAAGAUAUCGAUUUGAUUGCUCCAUCACAUAUUAAAGAAGAAUAUCUGAAGUUGCAUGCACCGGAAAAAGUAAUUCCGAAACCGAUUCCAAAAGUGAAACUCAAACGGUCAUUCGAUAAACGAGAUUGUCUUCCUGAGGUAUGGAUACAUCAAGACGGAAAGGAAGAAUAUGAAGAUAAUAGAUGUUUGAUUACAUUACCGGAUGAUGAAGGAUCACCGCACUCUCAAUCUUUGAAAAAAAUAUUCGAAAUGUAUGAGGAGGAGGAGGAGGAGGGAAGUGAACCAGUGUUGAAGAAACACCGCGUUGAUGUGACGAAUGCUUCAGGGUGCAAAGCGUUAUUUCAGACUAAGGAUUCAUCAUUAUUAAGGCGGUCACCUCGGAAGCACCCUUCAUCAUCGUUAGUUCGUCCUACAACACCUGGAAAAAUCAGUUCUUUCAAACCAGUGGCACGUCGAAGCCUAACCAAUAUGCAGGAAUCAGAAAUCUUUCAAAAUGUGGAAAGACCCAUAGAAAACAAAGAAUUUUAUUCUACUCAUUGUUUCUUCCAUUCCAAACGUGAUGAAAAAGCGCUCCUUUAUGUCGCAAAAUAUGAUUCAUUAUACUUUAUUGAAACCCAAAAUAAAACUUUGCAUUUUGUAAUACAGCUUGCAACACGAAUUGCUAAUAGUGAUGAAAUGCAACCUGGUGAGCAGAUAUUACGUCGUUCUCCACGGAAGCAUCCUUCGUCGUAUAAUGAAGUUCUAUUGUCACCACAAAAACCUUUGCUAUUAUCGCAACCAAUCGUUUGUCGUCGUUUAAGCAGUCUGCUCGGUUCAAUUAGUGAUAUUGAAAAUGAAAAGGAAAGUAUCACUUUAAAUAGUUCACUUGAAUCAAUCAGUAAGGAAGAAAAUGAUGAGAAUCUGAAAGAAGAUUCACAAGAAUCAAACAAUGCAUGUGCCGAAGAAGAGCAACAGCCAUUUCUGGAUGAAAAAGAAUGUUUGAAAAGAAAAACGAGAAGAAAAAAUGAAAAUUACCGGCGUUUAAAGAUGAAAAAGAGUUAUGUACAUGGUACAUCAUUGGCAAAAAAGAAUUUCAGAAAAUGGCGAAGGACUCGUAACAAACGGUGA